AUUUUGAUAAUUUGACUGCUCUUCGAAAUAAAAAUAAUUGUUAUGUUUUUAUUCUACCUGCAAUCUUCAAAUCAAAAUUAAUAGGCGAACACGUCAUUCGUACCGGCCUUCCGCCGCAGCCGCCGACGCCCGUAGUGUUGUUGCCACAAAAACUGGUCAAGUUACCGUCUCCCGAUCAGCUGUCACGUACCUUUGACGUGUUGAAUACAAACAGAUCUCAUUUCGUCGAUCUGAUAUGCCGUUGCCGCGAUGAACGGCACGUUUUCCGAGCAGCUGGGGGGUGUGGCUGGAGUUUUCGAGCAAUGGGGCACGUGCGAGAGAACCGUGGUUGCGUGUGCUCUGGCGCGGCGCGUGCCCUGGCCGGGCCUCAAGCUCGUACAGCGCGCCGUGGAGGCCGCACUGCAGCAGCAUGUGGAGGACGACCGCCUGGAGCGAGAUGCCAACGACGAGACCCUACUGGCAAACUUGUUGGCGCCCAGGAAUGACGAUGAUGAAGAUGAGGGUGCGGAGAGAUUGCGGCAGCUGCUGAGCCUGCUGCCACUGCUGCGCAGCGACAACGAGCGCGGCAAGGCGGUGUACGUGGGUGCGGUGCCCGGCCUCGUGCAGCGCUGCGUGGACGCGCCGCGCCCCGCCCCGCACCCCGCCCCGCACGCCGCGCCCGACCUCUGCCGCCAGCUCAUCUCCUACCUCCUCGUGCAUCCCGCGCUCACGCAGCUCGAGCAGAGAACACUGACCCAGUGGCUACGCUACUUAGAAAAUCACAUAUCGGGCAACAGAAACACGGAGUCCAUCUGGCAGCAGCGGAUAGACCCGUGCCUGUUGCCCGACACCAACAUCUGGGGCGGCAACAACGGCUUCAGAAGAACCAUAGGCAAAAACGUCGAGUUCCGAGGCAUCCUCGACUCGGCGGAGCAGUCGUACACGGAUCUCCUGCAGGAGUCCUUCUCCAAGAACGGGCGAGACGUGGACAUCAGCCUAGACGGCGAGAUGGCCAACUUCGAGGUGGCGAUAGGACAGCCCAAGUCGCAGCGCUCCAACAGCCUCACGCCGCCGUCGACCAACUUCAUGCAGAUGUCCUCCUCGGCGGAGAACCUGAGCGACGAGCCGUUCGUGCAGAAGCCGCGGAGCUUCUCGCUGUCGAGCGAGCACAGCCUCAGCCAGCUGCGGCCCAUCGCCGGCCUCUUCGCCACCACCGGCAGCGAGACGCGACUCGACGACCUGCGCUGCAACAACUUCUCCGAGCACCCCGGCAUGUCCACCGUCGCCGCCUGGCUCAAGUCCCUGCGCCUGCACAAGUACAUCUGGCUCUUCACCAACGUCACCUACGACCAGAUGAUGGCCAUGGACGAGAAGUACCUCGAGAAGCUCGGUGUGACGAAGGGCGCGCGGCACAAGAUUCUGGUGUCCAUCAAGAAGCUGUCGGAGCGCGGCGCGGUGCUGGAGGCGGUGCGGGCCGAGCUGGCGGCGGGCGCGGCGGGGGCGGUGCCGCGCGCGCUCGACCGCCUGCGCGCGCUGCUGCUCAGCCCCAUGCCGCCGGACUCCGACCUGCCCCCGGCCAUCGUCGCCGCCCUGGACCUCGCGUCCAAGAGUCUGAGCGGGUGCACCGGGCCCGCGCUGGAGCCCGAGCCCGACCACGUCGACCCCAUGUCGCUGCAUUGCUGGCUCGUCGAGAAGGCGCUGCACCACGAGGCGUUCCGGCGCGGCGAGCUGCAGGAAGCGCUGCGCCGGCUGCGGCACCGUCUGCCGCCCACACAGUUCUUCCACCACGUCGGCGAGCUGCCGCUCCUCGCGCACAGGCACAAGCCCAGAUGGCGGUCGAGCGCGGCGUGCCCCCGCCCGGGGGGCCGGCGCUUCGUGCCCCCGCCCCCGCGCGGCAAGUCGCACUCCUACCCGCCCUUCCCCGNNNACCCACACCCGCACGACGACUACUCCGGCCUGGACGCGCUCUGUCUGCAGAUGACCGAGCAGGCCAUCAACUGACCGCCACACCUCACUCUGCAUCUGACUGUGACACAUUUAUACUAUUGGAAUCCGAGCAAGACUCACCUCACAGAAAGGAAUUUAUGUGGCGGAUAUAGUUUGUAAUGAACUAAAAACGUUUCAUUUCUAAUAUUAUAUUAUACGAAACACAUUGAGUGUGUACAAAUCAAUUACACGACCAUGGUCAUCUUCCAUUCAAGAUUUUCAAUAUAAAUUAAUGUUUUCUAUACAUUUUUUUAAAAUAUAAUACCCGAUGUAUACUUUGAGUAUACAUUACAAUAAAAGUAAAUACAAAAUGUCAAUUGACUACAAAUAUAUUAUGAUGAUGGAAGUUUAAUUGAUUUGAAUGAAAUGAUGUUGACGAGCAAUAAUGUGAUGAUAAAGAUGUUUAUAAUAAUAGUAUUUACUGCAACACCGGUGCGGGGAGUGCGGGGAGUGUUGCCCUCUACAAACACAAUGAUAUCGGAACUGGUGCAAUGUGAGAACUUAUAGUGCAAUUAGUGUUAAAUAAUUAGUUAAAAUAUUUAUAAACAGAUACUUGAUUUUAUUUAUUACAUUUCAAUGAAAUAUCGUAUUUAGUGUAAGAUUGACAUCGAGAUAUUUUCGGGCACAGAUUUAAAUAUUGACGCUAUGCUUCUUGUACACAAUACACAAGUAUUUUUAUAUUUAUUUUAUUACUAUGUUUAGUUAAAAUUUAAUAAUGAAUUUAUGUCGU